GCCGGACUUGCUUUCGAGUCACCAAUUUUGUGGUAGAUUUCGUGGCGAAUGGUCCUUUUUUCGAGCUCGCUCCCGUGUGUUGUAUCGAGCUGGCGUGUUCGCAGUCUCAUACUGAGUCGAAGUACGGUGUUGCAAGUUGGCAAGCGCUUUAGACGACUACUUUAACGAACUUGAUUGUUCGAGGUGCGGAAUUGUGAAGCAAAACAGCAAAGUGUCAACGGUGUUCGGCUAGCAUUAAUACGGACCAGGAUCCAGAAGCAGCCAGCAAACGAAAUCAAAUUGCGCGGUGCGAAACGACUGUAAGCGACGAACCUCCGCCCGCGUGCCGAACUGUGUUUUGAGCGAUCAUCCGCGCCGACAUUCGCGGUGAAGUGUUUGCGUUUCGGUCUUGCGCGCGAUAAGCCGGUACCGCGUUGACGUGUGAGCGAUCGUGUCGUGCCGAUGUAAAAUGAUGCCCCGAAACGGUGGCGCCCAAACAGUGGAUCAGAGCACCAGUGCAGUAUCGGCCGGAAAUCAGCCCCAUCGUCGGUGGUGGUGCUUUCGCGACUGUCGCCCCUAAAGCCGCGUGCUGUGGGAGUGAGAUUUAGCGCAGUGAGACCGAGUUACGUACUUAUACACACACACACAAAACGGCCAAAAAGAAAGCAACGUUCGGUGCAACGGGAAGCGCAAGAAAAGAUAAAAAAAAGAACGGCCCCCCGAAAUGGUGGUGUAAAAGAGCAUAUGGUGCAGCCAGUGAGAUGCAAGUUCGCGUUCGCGUUUCGCGGUGAUAAUAAUAAUGUGUAGCACCUCGCCGGUUACUGCCCUGUUGCCACCGCCAGCAGGAACCGUGUACUAACGAGCCGCAAUCAGUCCUGUGAGGGCGAUCCUCUGCCUCUCGCUCUCUCUCUCUGUCCGAUCGUUUGGAUCGCAUAUCGCGCGGCAAAUCGGGCCCACGACAACCGAACGACGGCGACGGGCUUGUUGCGGGAAAAAGGAUUUAUUGUCCCCAAUCGUGAUCGGCAAACAACCCCGGCCCACAGCCCUUCCCCUUUCCCGCCGUGUGUGUUGGUGUGUAUGUGCCAGAGUGAGCCUGUGCGUACCGAUCAGUGAGCGUGUGUGUGUAUGUGUUUGUGCUUGUGUGUGAGCGUUUGUUGAUGUGGGGCUUCGAGGAAGCGGCCAUCAGAAUCGUGAUUGUGCUCAGCAUUGUGCCAAGCCAUUCUUCCUUGCGAUUUUUUGUUUUACAUUCUCAGCAACCCACCUUCUCCCUUUGCUAUGCGCCCCGGACGAGUGAGAUCGAGUGAAGCAUCAACAACAACAAAAAGUAUGAAAUAAAAAUAAUCCUUAUACGCCACCCCUUCUGUUGCCCACCCCCGCGUGGCCCUUUUUGCAAAACGAUCCCCCAGUGGUGCGUGAUAUCGGUUUAUGUGUCCUGUGUUUCUGUGUGUCUGUGAAUGUGUUUGUGCUGAUGUGCCGCGCGAGUGUGCGUCUUGCGGGCAAGUGCGGAGGAGUUCGUGUUCCACAAGGUUCGUCGCUUGGUGAUGUGGUUGUUGCUGCAGUGCCGUUUAUUUUCCGUGUGCUGUUCGCCUGCGCGGAUUCUGUGAGGGAGGAAGAAAGAGAGUUUAUCGCACACAAAUAAAUCAAUUAUUAUAAGCUCCACACGCGCAGUGGAACGCGCAGUGAAAACAACGCAAAGAAGAUCGGCUGAAGCGAGCGAGUGAGUGUGUGUAUGAUGCGAUCGUGUGGGUGAAAAAUCGUGAACAAACCGAAAAUUGCUGCAAGUGUUUUAAAAAUAUUUACGCCGUGUUAGCGCUACGAAAAAGCAUUAAAGUGUCCCGCAGUGUGUAGUACAUAAAACUUCUAACGUGUGUGUACGAGUGGCUCUUGUGUAUGUGUCCUCUCGAUCAACAGCGGAAAAUCAAUCACAAAACUUAACCGAGCAGCAGCCAGGAAACGUCCUCCCCCCCCCGCAAACUGGUGUGGUGUUGCUGCACGUGGAAAAUGUUUGACGUGCGUACCGUCGAAGCGGGUGCCUGUUGUGAACAAGAGCGUGAUAGUGCGGACGGCGCAAUGUCAAUGACCGCGCGGCGACGGCGCGCCUUCCAGCGGCAGGCCUGUCUGCUGAGCGUGCUGGCCGCGUUUUCGCUCGGCCUGGCGCUCGGCGUGUUUGUGCCGCUGAUCGGCAUCUCGCAGGCCGCCUCGAAGGGUUCGAUCGUGGUGGACGGCAGUCCGGAGCAGGAGCCACAGCAGCCGGCGCUGCAGGCGCUCCAUCAUCCCGCACACCAGAUGCCACACUUUCCGACGAUCGACGACAUUCGCUCGGCGGACGAUGGGCCGAGGGGUCGGUACGCGUCCGUGUCGUUCAUUGCGGAGGAGAAGCUGACCGGCGAGGGUGAGGAUGUGCUCUUCCACCCGAAGCUGGAGGUGGACGGGUUCGUGGAGCGAAAGCUUCCGUCGCCGGCCGCCUCGAUAGUGCAGCAAAUGUUGGCCGGCAGUUCGAAGAUGGCUCAGGCAGCGGUUCCGGAGCGACGUGAGUCGCGGGCGAGUAAGUUUGACGAUUCGGAGCGUGAAGAUGGCGAGGGCGUGAUACGGGACGGCAUCUACUGGGGCCCGAGCGUGGAACGAGCCCUGCCCGAUGGCUUCGAUCAGCGGCAGAGCGAAUCUUGGGCGCGAUACCUGCACGAAGCGGAGGUGGAGCGGCUCGAGAUCGGCUGUGGCCGUAUGCAGAACCGUUUGCUGGUGUUCCGGGAUGGUACGAGGGCCUGCGCGCGGUACCGGCAGAACACGGACCAGAUCCAGGGCGAGCUGUUCUCGUUCUAUCUCGGCCAGCUGCUGAACCUGACCAAUCUUGCGCCGAGUGCGGCGUCCAUCAUCGAUCCCGAGGCGCGACUAUGGGCUGCGGCAACGGAAGAGCUGGCCGGCGCCCAGUGGAAACCCACCAAACCCGUCGUGAUCACCAAGUGGAUCGGCAACCUGGAGCCUGCCGGCAUCCCGCAACCAUUCCGGCCGCUCGAGCGACAUCUGAACCGAUUCGACGUGCGCAACAUCACUGAAGGACUCGAUCGACCGCGGGAUGGCGUGCGAAGGCUGCUGCUCGACCGACUCGGCCCGGCCCGAGACGGCCCAGCGGCCACUCCGGCCACGCCAUCGUCGAGCACGAGUACACUCCCCGCGCAGCCUCCCACGCCCGAGGUGCUCGAGCGGCUCGUCGAGCUGGCCCAGUGGUCCGAUCUGAUCGUGUUCGACUACCUGAUCGCCAACCUGGACCGGGUCGUCAACAACCUGUACAACUUCCAGUGGAACGCGGACAUCAUGGCGGCGCCGGCGCACAACCUCGCCCGCCAGACCGACUCCUCGCUGCUCGUCUUUCUCGACAACGAGUCGGGCCUGCUGCACGGCUACCGGUUGCUGAAGAAGUACGAAGCCUACCACGGUCUGCUGCUCGACAACCUGUGCGUGUUCCGGCGGUCGACGGUGCGGGCGCUCGAGGCGCUGCGCGACGCCAGCGUCGGCCAGCGGCUGAAUGCGCUGUUCGAGCGCACGACGACAGCGCAGAUACGGGACGUGCUGCCGCCGCUGCCGGAAAAGUCCGUCAAGAUUCUAGUCGACCGCAUCGACCGGGUGCUCGGGCAGGUGCAGAAGUGUCGGGAAACGUUCGCCGACCGAUAGCCGCCGGGCCCGCCUGGUGCUGGAGGUGCAGCGGAAGCGGCCAGUCGGAGACAGGUGGGUGGGUGGGUGAGCGGCGCACGCGCCAUAAGACUGUGAGUCCUUUGUGUGAGCGAUGGGAAUUUAUUAUUAUUAUUAUAUUAUUGCUAGUUUGCUAGUUGGUUGUUUUUUUUAUUUUGCAUUUACAUUUACUGACUGUAAAGGUAGUGGUAAGGUUAGCCCGUACGGUUAGGCUAGGGAUGCAAGACUAAUCGAGGAAUGAUGAUAGUAGAUAGCGAGAUUGCGUGAAAGCGAGAAUGAAUGAUAAUGCGUAUAGCUUAACAAAACAGGUAAAAGAAAAGAGAGAGGAAAAACAGCAGGAAAGUAACACAAACAGAACAAUUCCACUUACACAAAUCUGCCACUAGUUCGAGGGUAACGCCAGACCACAGUUUUGCUGCUUUUAAGGGUUGAUGCAUAAAACAGAGCGAUACAAGUAAACUAUUUCCUCAAAAACUUCUUUUCAAAUCCCACCAGCAAUGGCUUCGAAACAGUGAAAACUAUCAGGGAUGUCUAGGUUGAUACGAUCUAAUCUUCCCGACGUUUGUACAGCCGAUUUGACAGAUGAACUAUCUGCUUCAUCUUCGUGAAGCCUUCGCACACACACAAACACGCACCAUUUGCUCGUUUAUUUCUAAUCUCCAUUUUAUUGUUACUCUUUUACCGACGUCUCCCUUCUAAUAACUGUAAGCCAUCAGUCUGUCUGUCUGUCUGAACCGUGCUCGAAACAGCGCCUACUGCGCGCCGAGCAACACACAACCGAAAGCCAGCUCCGCAUUAAAGGACCUCCUGGCGUGGCAGUUAAAUAGAAAUUCCCCCCGUCGAAAAGCCACCCUUCGACCAAAAGCGGUUUCAUUUUGUGAGGGAAGCGUUCUGUGUAUUCCCAUUUACACACAUGCAAACACAAAGCCAAAAUACACACACACUUACAAGUGAGCGCGCGCCCGCGUUUGUAAUCGCGCUUCAGCUUCCAACGCUAGAAAGACUUGCGCGAGCGUGGCAGUGACGAACCCCUUGCCAGAGGAAAUAGAAUUUUCGUACAUCUUUUGCGCUGCGCAACAAAACCCAGCCAAAUCGAUCGGCGAAUCGGCACCGGCAAUCGAAUUACACGCCAAUAGAAGGCCGCACGUAAUCAAGCGUCAUACAAUAAGGAGCGGAUGAACGAGGGGGGAGGAAGAUUGAUUCGCACAGAUAGAAUAGAGCUGGAAAAUUGGAUCGAUUGAAUCGCGCGCGGUUGAUUUGAUUCACGCACGCGGGCAUGGUCUAGCCUUCUUUUUUGUUGUUGCGCGCUCUUGUCGUUUCCAUUUCGUUCGCCCGGUUUUGGGUACGGCCAGUGCGCGCGCGCCGAAGGGUGGACGACGCCAUCUUGUCAGCUUUGCGAACAGUUUCCGCUGCCGACAGCAGCGUGUGCUGCAUAAUUGUUACAUGCAAUUUUGCGUGGCUUCUUUUUGCUGUCCGAGGGCCCCAAAAGCUAUCUUCCCUUGCUGCUGCUGCUGCUGCUGCAGAAAAGAAGAGCUUAGAAGCCACGCACCAUAAAUGCUAAAAUUUCGUGUGCAAGCGCAUUACCUCAUCCUGGAGAGGGGCAACGAUCCUCCUGCCCGUCGGUCAUCGUUGUCGUCGGUGCAGAAUAUUUCAAUUUUCUCACCUUUCCCCGUUUUCUUUCGGGGGGUUAUUUUUCUUUUGCUAGUGGUGGUGAUGGUGGUGGUGGUGGGAAAAAUAUUGUUUCUUCCUCCUCACUCCCGCCAUGAAUAAAAAAAGGGCUGGGGAGGCCAUUGCAAUUGUCCCUUGCGUGAUGGGCAUCUUUGAAAAGUCUGGAUUGGGGAGAGAGAGAGAGUGGCUGUCGCGUUUUUAAAACAAUUACCCGCCAGUCGCUGAGCCCGAGCAACCGUUGCCGCCCACCUCUCCCUCCCACCUUGUAGGCUGCAGAAGAAAGGCCACCAAACAUCACACACAUGCAAACAGGAAGACGGGCCUGUUUCGAAAGCACACGUUUCGAGUACAGGGACAGGGAUCUCUUGCACUCGCUUUCUCUCUCUCUCCCUCUCUCUUUCCUGCCUUUUGGCGCAAAGUCCUGCCCGCCCCGAACACUGACCACGACUCGAGCUGGCCGGUGCCGCUGCAUCGAAUAACCCCCGUUGGCUGUUCGAGGUCGUUUUACCGAGUGGCCUUUCCUUCCCUGCACGCGCGCACACGCUCCACAUUUUGUGCUGUUGUGCAGUUCCUUUUGGGUAGUUCUGGAGAUUGCGUUUAUUUUUGUGCGCUUCAUUUUUCGUGGUGGUGCUGCAGUUUCUUCUGGCUGGCUUGGCAUGGUUACCUCCAAUGUCCCCUCCAUGCGCCCCCCCCCCCCUCAAUUAGUGGUUCAGCUCCAGAAGACUCUAAUCCUCGCUACGGUCACAGUAUCCAAAACCCGAAAGGAAGGGGUGGGGAUCCUUCCCACCGAAACGGUUGGCUCAUAAUCUCGUGUGCGAUAUUUUCGCAUUUUAGCUUAUGCUUUAUGAAACUUAUCUUACCUGAGCACUCCACAGUCCUGGCCCAUUCCCCACACACACACACACACACUGAUCUCCCACGAAAUGAGAAGGGUCCCACGAGGUGGGCAAACCGGCCGGAAUGCCCUUUGGCAGCGAGCGCGAGAGCGAGCUAAAGCCGAAUGAGGGAAGUUUGUCUGCACACACAACAAAAAAAAAAAACAGACCCGCGCAAGGAAGAAACACGGCGGCGCGAUGAACGGUAACGCUGCGCUGUAGCUGUGUGUAUGCUGCUCUGCCGUCUGCCGUUGGUGGACACGCAUGGGUCCCAUGCGCAAGCGCUUUCCGAGCGUAAUCUCGCAAAACUCGCCAUCGCAGCUAAUAUGCGCGAUAUUGUACCGUGCCCCGUGUGUUCCGUGCCACAACAAUUGACUACCGAGAGUGGCUGUACAGAGGGAGGAGAGCAGGGAAGCAGGGAAGGGUCCUGAAGAUAAGGAGAAAGAGUGUGCUUUUUCCCUCCGCAACGCGGGGUAACAACCGACGAUGACGCCGCUGCUGUUGCUGGCAGUAAUCGUGGCUAACCUCGCGAGAUAGACUGAUGAGCCCCAGGGAGCGAAGAAUUUUUGUACAAAGAAUAUCCGUAACCCCCCGCUUGUUCCCACUUUCCUUUCCCCACGUGUACCUUGGUCCCGUGCGCGGUCGUUCUUCUUUCCGGCGGUGGUGUGCUACGUGGUCUUGUUUUUGUUCAUGCUCCACAGAAGCAUAUCGGCACGGAACGCUCGGGUGCAGCAGAAAUGCAGCGGAAAUGUUGUGGGUGGCGGUGCUGUCGGACAGCGAAUGUGUUUGUUGUAAUGCGAGCUAUUAUUGUGGUUAAUUUUUCUUCACCAGGCUGGGGUGUGGGCUUGCCAUAUGGAAUUUCGAUACCAUUUGAUAGGAAAAGGGUUUUAAACGAGGGCGAUUCCGGAAGACCUAUGGCUUGUCUUGUAAAACGUGUGUUGUAUUAAAUGUAGAGCGGGUUUUGGAGACUCUUUGGAGAAUAGUUUGAAGAAUGAUUGAAGCAUGGUUUGAUACAUAACAACUCAUUAGUUGGUUGAUGCAUUGCUGGCAGUAAUGGAUGUCGUUGUACAAGGGACCAAACAAGUUCUAAACCUUCCAACACUCUCACACCGUUGACCAGCCGGCUUUCCCAUAAUUCAGCGGCUUAAAAUGAUAGUGCGAUGGCGUCCCAAAGGGUGGGUGGCUUUUUCAUGUGCAUCAAACCGCGGGAGCAAGCAAAAGCGUAGGGAUCCUCGCUGCCCUCAAAACUGUGGCCGUCUGCCGUCCUCGAAUAAUGUGGUGAGAAUAACAAGCAGCAAGGGCAAAAGAACAGCAACGAUGCGCGAAAAACAAAACAAAAAAACAAGAACCUCAGCACAAGCAACAAGCGAGAAUGAAAAGAAAACAACACACACACACAUACAGAAAAGGAACAAGAAAAAAAAACGAAAGACGACGACGACAAGCGUGACGUGGAAAAUGUGGAAAAAUUGUGAUCUACUAUAUAUAAAGUAAUUUAUCUUAAAUUUAUCUAGUAAAAAGCUAAGUAAAAACAAUAAAUUUACCUUGAAACGAGUCGCCCGGGUCGUCGCUUGUUUUCGCCCCGCACCCGGGGCGCUCCCUUCCCCUGCCGCGACACGCGUGCGCAACAAGGAAACAAAAGGGCCUGCCACGGUUAGGGCCCGGGAUGAAAACGAGCGACGACACCGACGACGACGACGACGAUGAAGGAGCAGAACGAGCGUGCCGUUCUUAUCACGACCUUUUAGCAAUGAUGAAGCAUCACGAAGGUAUCUUCUGACCCCGCCAUCACCGACGCCACCGCUUCCAUCUUACCCCUCACCCUCACCGACCCUUCUCCCACGCAGAGAUGGGGGUAGAGAUCCCCGCUCGCUCCACCCGGGACGAACCAUCAGCCGUGGCAUCCCCGCCGGGAUUAAGGGAAGGCGAAUUUGGGAAAGGGAAGGGGCCUUAAGCUUUCCUCUUCGCUGCUUAAAACCCUCUCCCAGGGCUCCUCUCAAUACAUCCGCUUGGUUGUGCAUUUUUCCGUGCACACCCUUCCUUUCUGCCUUCCCUCACCCUCCCUUUUGCAAGAACGAGAUACCUUCCGGUUGAUGUUGCUUUGUUUUAAUUUUUCUUUUAUAUUUUAUUUUCGAUACUGCACCACCCGCCGAUCGAACAACGGCAAACACAAAAAGGCCUGAAGACGGAGAGACGGAGAUGGGAAAAGGUGGAAGAAAGGGGUGGGUCAUUGGUACAGCAGCUUAUCUGCAAACGUUGAACCGUUCUGGUUCAAAGUGGGGGGAAAGACCCUAACAAGCGCGGCAUUUGAGGUUUGUGGCGCGAACGGACAAAAAACAUAUGAACGUACGAUAUGUGUGGUAAAGAACAACAAAAAAACCAGUAAAAAAAAGGUGUAAAGAUCCGCCCCGUGCGCAAAACAAUUGUAUCAUAGAACGAUUUUUGGAAUAUUGUUCCAGCAUGUGAAUGUGCGUGUAAAUAGUUAGUCAGUAAACCAGGUGCCAGCAGAAAGCAGUCAGCAAAAAGUCAGCCAAUCUAGACAGUCAGGGAAAAAAAGGGGGGAAACAACGAUCAGCUGGCUCAGUUUGUAAAGUAACGUAAAUCGUGAGCCAAGCGCGUCCGGGAAGAAGAACUAUGUCCCUCAAACCUGCAAGCAAGCAAAAGCCUAAACGAAACGUAGGAGAUAGGCGACUAUUAAGGAGAUGUGUGUGUGCUCGAGUGCAUUGUGAACGGAAGCUGUAUAAAGAAGAAGAAAAAGAAGAGCAAGUAGAAGCACAACAAUCUUGUACCAAAAAUUGUGAAUGUUUGUGAAUAAAGCGCUAGACAACGGAGGUUUUGCCAAUUGAACCGGGCGAACCGCCAACACGUAAGACGGGGCAUGUGUGCUCGAUAGAAAUCAAA